CGUACGUGAGGGGUGAGGCCUAGACGUGUCAGGGAGGGAAUGUUCGGUGCCCGCUUUUUCCUCAGAAAGCCAUGGCGGCGGCGACUCCUGUGGACUCCCUAGCGGCUGCCUCUUCCCGGCCGUCGGGCGAUGCUGCCCGGCCGCCUCCUCAUAUGGCUGCGCUGGUGCUGGCUCGCGGCGGCAGCAAAGGAAUCCCGCUGAAGAACAUUAAGCUCCUCGCUGGGGUCCCGCUGAUUGGCUGGGUACUGCGGGCAGCCCUCGACGCGGGCGUCUUUCAGAGCGUGUGGGUUUCCACAGACCACGAUGAAAUUGAAAAAGUGGCCAAGCACUUUGGAGCACAAGUCCACCGAAGGAGCUCCGAAGUGUCCAAAGAUUCCUCUACUUCUUUGGAUGCCAUUGUGGAGUUUCUUCAGUAUCACGAUGAGGUUGACAUUGUGGGAAAUAUUCAAGCAACCUCGCCUUGCCUGCAUCCCACCGAUCUGAUCGGAGUGGCCAAGAUGAUCCACGAGGAGGGCUUUGACUCGGUCUUCUCUGUCGUGCGGCGCCAUCAAUUUAGAUGGAGCGAGAUCAAAAAAGGAGUGUGCGACGUGACUGUACCUCAAAAUCUGAAUCCUGCCAAGCGGCCCCGGAGGCAGGACUGGGAUGGGGAACUCUAUGAAAACGGAUCGUUUUACUUUGCUAAAAGGCCCCUGAUUGAAAGGGGGCUUCUUCAGGGUGGGAAAAUGGCUUAUUACGAAAUGCGUGCUGAGCAUAGUGUGGAUAUCGAUGUCGACAUCGACUGGCCUAUUGCGGAGCAAAGGGUCCUGAGGUAUGGGUACUUCGGCAAAGAUGCCUUGAAGGAAGUGAAGCUGCUGGUUUGCACCAUUGAUGGAUGCCUCACCACGGGGCACAUUUACGUCUCGGAAGAUGCAAAGGAGAUUGUUUCGUACGACGUCAGGGAUGGAGUGGGGAUUAGCUUGCUUCAGAAGAGAGGUGUUGAGGUGCGGCUGAUCUCCGAGAGGGACUGCUCAUCCCGGAUGCUUUCCGCCAUGAAGUUGGGAUGCAUCAAGGAGGUCAACGUGACCGACAAGCUGCACGUGGUUGAGAAAUGGAGAAAGGAAAAGGGGCUGUGCUGGAAGGAAGUGGCGUACCUAGGAAAUGAAGAAACGGAUGUGGAGUGCCUGAAGAAAGCUGGGAUGAGUGCCGUCCCUGCCGACGCCUGCCCAGCCGCACAGAAAGCCGCGAGCUACAUCUGCAAAUGUAACGGUGGCCGUGGUGCAGUGCGAGAGUUUGCAGAGCACAUAUUCCUGCUAAUGGAAAAGGUGAAUUCAGCAGGAAAGAAACUAUGAUGGUAAACCCUGAAGAUGCCGGCACCACUCUUGGGGAAGAAGUCUUUGAGUUUGCUCUGCUGAUUUCUUUUGUUGUGUACUCAUUGCUUGGUUUUGUAUAUUUUGGGAACCCAAAGGGCAUUUGGGGGGGAUUUUACAAGAUGCACUUAAACCCCAUCAGGGCUUUCUUGCUGGUGCAUAAGCCAACCAAGUGAAGCCAGCUGCAGUCGAUGUUACUCGGUGGGACUUCCAAAAAUGCUCACAGGAAGGCCUGUCUUUUUAGCAGCCCGUUUUUUUUGGGGUGGGGGGACUAGUAGGAAGAGAAUUUUGGUGGUGGGUCGUUGUUUUUUAGACAGGUAGUGGUCAUGAUUGUGCCAAUGACAGAAGGUUAUGACAUACAGGGGUAGUUUGAUGAAACUGACUGGGCUUUGUUUAGAACUGAAUUUCCUUGCAGAGAGUAGCUUUCUAGACACACACACUUGCUCUUUGCUGUUGAAUAGGAAUAUAGCCUCUCCAUUGGGCUCUCUCUCAGGGAUUGUGUAUCUGCAGCAAGGUAUGUCUACAGACUGCACAGGGUUGGGGGAGACCAAAUCUCCCCACCACACACACACACUCACUCACUCACUCACUCACUCACUCACUCACUCACUCACUCACACAGAGUUCUAGAUUAGACAUCAGGAGAGGCUAUGGCUCAGUCUCAAAGCACCUGUUUGAAAUGGGGGCAGGGAACCUCUGGAAAUCACUGGGCUCUUCCUAACAUCCAUCCCAGCCAGCACAACCAGUGGAAAGAGAGGAUGUGCAGUCUGGCAGCUGGAGGGCAGAGGCUCUUGCGCUUGAGCUGAAAGCAAAGGUGAGGUAGUCGGAGGCCUCCCUAUGUGUUACUCUGCAGCGCAAGUCUUGCCUCACCAUUGGUUCGGGCUCGUGGCAGUUGCAGGCCAAAGCAGCAGGUUGCCCACCCCUGUUUUAAAGGAUUGGGCUGGGGGGUGCCAUGAACUGACGGGCGACCCUGGAAAGCUGCUGUGAGUCAGUCAACAAAGAUUGGGCUGGGUGGACCACUGUGGUGCUGUAACGCAAGGUCCCAUGGAGCCAGCUCCUCAGCUGGCGUGGUUUUUGACACCCCCCUGGGUGGGUUCAUCCCCAAGCUGGGCCUUGCUCCUUUUGGCCUUUGCAUCCCAACUUCUGCUACUGGCGCUGCUCAUGCCUCGUGCUGGGCCACGGGAGCCCUCCGUUUUGAGCUCGCUCUUCCGAUGCAGUGCUCUCAUCUCCUCAUUUUGCCCUCAGAGGGUCAGCACAUACAAUCCACUGAGCCGAAGGGUUCAGAACUCAUCUCUCCUUUGUGGUGAGGGGGCAUAAUAGGAAGCCGCUUUUCAAAAGAAAUUUUGUGCAUAUAGGAAGAAAAAAGUCAUGCUGGUGGAAGGUUGGGUCGACCACCUCCCCCGAUCGCUAGUUCUGAAUCAAGGUGUGUGUUUGGGCAGUUGAAAUCUAGCACAAGAGCUUUCAAUCCUGCAGCCACAAGUGGUAUCACCUGAGAAAAGGUUCCCCUCCUUUCCACAAGGCCGAUUAAAUAGGAUGGGCACUCAGAGGCGUACCACACGGGGGUCUCUUCAUUUGCAAAAGAUUCUUGGGUCCACCUGCUGUGUGCAGAGGGUCUGAGCCAUGCAGGGUCUGAGCCCGUUGGCCAUGCAAACCAAGAAUCCUUUGAAUGAAGCCCCCUGCAGGAAUAAGGGAAGUCUGUACCGCCGGCAUGUAACUCGCUGCCACCCAUUACUUGGUGGUGUCCAAAGGUUGGUUUCCACUCAUACCUGGCCCGUCCUGCAUUGACUUAAGCCUCUACCUUGGAAUCCCUUGGCUUUUUUGCAGAGCAGUCUUCAGGCAAGACUGGGCGUAUGGACAUAGGAAACAUGUGCAGACAGGUGCUUGGUCAAUCCAGGCCCGCAUCCUUGGCUCUCUGCUAGGCAACGGCCUGCCUUUUUGGCCUCAGAAUAGUACAGAAUAGGGUAGGUAACAGUUUUGCAAUUGUGGACACAUUUGUGCAAUGCCCUUGGGUGCCACCACAAAAUGGCUGCCAUGGGAAGUGCGCCAAAGAACAAAGUACAAGGCAGAGUUGGGGUCUGCGCCUCAACACAGUAAACAACUCCUUUGAACCCACAACUGAUAAGCACAUGGGCUAAUCUUUUAAAAAUGAGUGGGAGGGAUGAGGCGCCAGGAGAGGUGUCCAUGGGUGCAUUGCAGUGUGUUGUACAUGGUGCAAAGUGUGACAGGCAUUUGUAAAUGCACAGGUGCACAAGAAAUUGCCUUGAAUUACUUGUAAAUGGAGCCCCGUGCUGGUUUUGAGGGUUGUCUCCAGAAAUAUGGGAUACCUUUUCCAGCUGUCCUGGUGUGAUCAUGUUGGUUUUAUUUUGUAGAUUCUGGGGGUUAAAAAAUCAAGGACUUCUACUGUUCAGAUGCUCUAUUGGACAGUACGGCUAUCAAAGAAAUCUUAUGAUUUAUUCUUGUUGAUUAUUAAGACACACUCCUCUACAAGCUUAGCUAGAAGGGGGCCUGAAAGUCAGUGCAUGCACCAGCCAGCUAGGAACUGGAGGCCUUUUCUCUCUCUGAGCUUGUGCAGGAUUGUGCCCUUAAGGUACAAUCCUGUUUGUGCUGAGAUAAGAAGGAAGGCUUACACCUCAGCAGUCCCCGGUCAGUGCUACUGUUUGGGGCAUGCUGGAAAUUGUAGGCCUUUUUUCGGCCUCAGCAUGCAUACAAUUGUACUCUUAUAAGGGCAGAUAAUAAAUCACCAAUGUUAUAAAAGAAAUCUUAGUCAAAUUAGGCUUCAUUUUUCUGUUCUAAGAACAAAAGGUUACAAGCUACUGUAUUUUCCCCUUUUUAUGAGCAUAAAAUCUGCUAUUGUGAACCAGCCAGAGAGCUUUGGCUGUUGGACAGUAUAGAAAAUGAAUAGAAUAAGAAGUACUGGAAAA